GAGAAAGGAUGUGACAAUAGGAACAAUUGUUGUAUGUUGUUGUAGUGGGGAACCAGAAGAGGGAAGCACGCUAUGGGUAAACGCAUGUGGAAAUGAAUGUAGAGGCUUUCAAGUUUAUUAAAAAGAAAGUCAAAUUAGUUACAGAAGUCUGUCUUUAUUGAAUAGAGAUGACACAUAAAACAUGUUCUAAUAUUCCAGAUGCGCUCUGCUUUAACGGUUUUGUUAUAGGACUAAAACAUACGUAUUUGACUGAAACUUGUCUUUUAAUAUCUGUUUGAAUGAACUUUAACUUUGAAAUGUUUUAACUGUUGCCCCGCCUUCUACUUCUCAAACCCCGUUCUUUCUGUGGAAAACACGGAGGAACAUUGCAUGCUCGAGUCACCCAUCGCGUGCUGUUAGGGGAGUUUACCACAGUUUGUUUUGCCGACUGAGAAACGUGAUCGGUAAACAGUUUUGCCAGAAUAUACCGUGACCCCAAUCCCGUGGCCAGGGAUUCCAGAUUAGCGUUCUGUUCCAUAUCAAUUUCGCAAGAGGACAGCUGCCAAAAAGACAAUUCUGCCAGGAUAGGUGGAGCCAGAAACGCUCUUUUUUGUUUUUAUGUUUUCCGUCAUAAUGGAGGAGACGGUGAUGUAGGCUUACCUGAGGCUUUAGACGAAACCGUGGCCAGAGUAAUGUGAAAUAUUUCACCAAAUAUCAAAUGAACAAACACUGUUUAAUCAUAUAAAGGAAAAUUUGUUAAUUACAGUGCAGGUGCGAAAAAAGCAUCCAUUUUUCUCAGACAUGAAAUUAAUUUUUUUGACACUGCUGGUUAUUAUUGGAAUUACGGAUUCAAGAUCAGAGCAGUAUGUAGUCGUGGGACCUGCAGAUCCAGUAAUUGCUUUAGCUGGUGAAGAUGUGAUUCUGCCCUGUUCAGUUAAACCCAACAUCAGUGUUGUGGACAUGAGAGUGGAGUGGUUUAGAUCUGAUCUGAUAGACUCAGUAGUGCAUCUCUAUGAGGAUCAUGACGACAGAAACACAAAUCAGAGUCAGUCCUACAGAGGGAGAACAAAACUGAAUCAUGAAGAAUUACAGAGAGGAGAUGCAUCACUCAAACUCUCAUCUGCCCAAGUCUCUGAUGAAGGACGUUACAAGUGUUUAAUUCAGUCCAAAUCCUGGUCUGGUAAUGCUACUGUUGAUGUCAGUGUUGAAGCUGUAGGAAGUCCUCCAGUGAUCACUGUAGAUGGAUUUGAUCAAUCAGGAGGGCUUCUUCUACAAUGUGAAUCUGAAGGUUGGUAUCCUGAACCUGUUCUUGAGUGGCUGAACAGUGAAGGAGUCCGUUUGAGUUCAGAAACUACAGAGACACACAGAAAUGAAGAUGGAUUCAGUGUGAAACACACUGUCACUGUAUAUGAGAGAGACAGCAAGAUUCACUGCAGAAUCAAACUGAAGCAUCAUAUGCUUGAGACAAUGAUUAUCGCCACAAGUAAUAUGUUUAAUCUCUGGACGACAUCAGUCAUCCUGAUUUCACUAGCCGUUGUGCUCAGUGUGAAUGCUGGAAUACUGAUAGCUGUGUUUACUAAGAAUAACAGAAAAUUUGAUCAACGUUUACAAAAUCAGAAGAUGAUAAUAUUACAAGAGGUCACGCAUUUAAGAACACACACAGUGAAUGUGAUUCUGGAUGCUGAUACGGCUCAUCCACAUCUCUUCGUGUCUCUUGAUAGGAAACAAAUCUUUGUGUGUGUGCGUGCGCCGUUCCAGUCCUGUUCUGGAUUCGAGUUCCUGUUCGGUGUCCUUGUGGUGCUCGUCCCUUCUCGUCUGGAUAUUCACCGUCACCUGUCUUCACCAGCACGCUGACCAUCUAGUCCCUGCACCACCAGCCCACCCGAGCUCCAGUACUUCUUUGUGUCUUUUCUACUCUCAAUAAAGAGUUACUUGCAUUAUUGCUUCCACUUCUUGUAUUAUGACAGAACGAUCUGACCAAACGAUGGAAGCAGCAAGCGGAUCCUCUUCUCCUCUGGAGGAAUUUGUCAAGUCCAGUAUUUCACGGAUGGAUGCCCAGCCCAGGACCUUUGCCACUGAACAGAGCAAGGUGGCAUUUGUACUCGCGCUACUGAUUGGGAGGGCAGCGCUAUGGGGGACGGCGGUGUGAGAAAACCAAGAUCCAUGCUGUGCCUCGUUCCAGACACUCGCCGCCGAAAUGAGAAGGGUGUUUGACCGCGCGGUCGCGGGAAGAGAAGCGGCACGGAUUCUCGCGGACCUCAAACAAGGCAGAAAGUCUGUAUCUGAUUACGCUAUCGAGUUCCGGACUUUGGCGGCAGAGUAUCAUUGGAACAAGGAGGCUGUUAGUAGUACUAGUAGUACUGAAUGACUGAUGGAAUGAGACUGUGAGGUAGGUACACUCUGUAGUGGACUUGGUCCUUUGUUAGGUAAGUCUUGUGAUAAAGUUUGUCUUCGCAAACCUCAUACUUGUCUUUCCACGUGUUGUUGUUUUGUGCCAAGGCUUUGAACAAUUUUACGAUUUCAGAAUCCUUGUGUUACUCUUCCCAGAUGGUUGCAGAUUAGGUUGAUGGUAGUGAAGACUGCUGAACCUGAGAGUGAUUUUGAGUAUCUCGGUUAUUUUGAAUUGGGCACCAACACAACAGGCGAUGCCCAGCCAGAGUGUGAUGGUUCCACAAUUACUGCUUUCCACCAUUUCUUCAAGCAGCUCUUUUACAACAAAACUGCUUGGCAGGUGACCUGCGUUAAGGACGCUGUUUGAUAGGGACCUGAUGGUUCAUAUAAAUAGCUGGCAGCAGGAAGUGGCUGCCAUUGACAGCCGGAAGGCAGUAACUGGCAUCCGGAAGGUAGGUGGGACCUGCCACUCCGUGGCAGCCAAUCAGUAUCGUUAACAGUCUAUUGAAUAAUAUAUACAAAUGUUGUUUGACUGGAAUGAUAUAAGAUAAAUGUGCAACACUAAUAGGGCUGUGCGAUAUGGACAAAAAAAAAUCACGAUUUUGAUCAAU